AUGUCGGUUUAAAAAUAUAAAAAAAGUGCUAGUUGUAAGAGUGACUCAGCCUAUUCUUUUAGUUAAGAUGUCAAUUUAUUACAGGAUUAUGAAUAUUUAUUACAAAAGUCUGCUGAAGAAUUAACAAAAGUCAAAGAAUAAAAUUAAUUUUUAGAAUAGUAACUAGCAUCAGUUCAACCAUUUCAUCCUAAUUAAUAAUAAUAUUCAACAUUUUAAUUUAAUAAGAAUGAUUUAUUGAUUGAAUAACUAAAACAUGAAAAUUCAGAUCUUAAACUCAAAUUAGAAACUAAAACAAAAGCUCAUAAAAAAUUAAAAUCUAAGUUUAAACAAUAUGAAUAGAUCAUGCAAGAAAAUUAAAAUCUAAAAUAGGAUAUCUAAGAUUUAUUAAAAGAAAAAAUAAAUAAUAAAGAAAAUAGAAAUCAUUUACUAAAUUAAACUCUAAAAACACAUUCUAGUAAUUAAUAACCUUAAUAAAAUUUUAAUCAAGCUCCUGCUAACUCUAUUAAAUUAGAUUUAUCAUUGGCAUCUAAUCUCAAUUUUAAAGCUUUAGAGGAGGCUGAUAAAUUUCUAUAAGAAACCAAAAUAUAAUCUUCUAGAGUUUCAAAAUUAUAAACUAUUCCAACUCCAAAAAGAUUUUAAGAAAUCUAAACAAUUGAAAUUAAUUUUUCUGAUUUCGAUAUACAAAAUAAUUUAAACCUGCAAUAAGAAUUUAUAAAGUAUAUUGAAGAAGUAAUUUCUAGAGCGACUAAUGAAUUAAAUAAUAGAAUAAAAACUUAAUAAAUUGAAAAUUUUAUUACUUCUUAUUCAAAUAUGGAAUAAUAAAUCCUUGGAUUGUCUGAGGAAGUUUGGGUUUUAAGAGAAAAGAAUAAGAUUCAAUAAGAAUUUAUUAAACAAUUAAAGUCAAAUUUAGAAUAAUUUAAUGCUAUAAAUCUAGGAGAAUUAAUUAAAAUCAACUAAAGUGCGAAUGAUUUUAUAGAAACUUAAUAAUAAGAAAUUUAAUCGUUGUAAGAAACGAUUAUUAAAAUGGAACAAGAGUUUCUUUAAAAUUCAUCUAUUAUUUUAGAAACUUUUUAAAAUAGCAAUAAGGAAAUAAAAAAUUAAAAGAUUCAAGAGAAUAUUUAGGAUGAAAAUAAAGAAAAUUAAUCUUGUUUUAGCAAUCAAAAGCAUUAAAAAAAGUAGAUAAAAUCCUCUAAUUACUCGAGUUAAUAAUCUAUUUCAAUUUAAAAUAAAUAACCUCCAUAACCACAAAUUGAUAUUUAAGAGUUUAAAGAAAUGAAAAUAAAUUUCUAAAAAAUUUUUUUAGAGGUAGAGUAAUUUCAAUAAUUACUGAUUGAAUUUUAAGAAUAAGAGCAAAACAAUAUUUCAAAUUAAGAUUUAUUUGAGCUUUUAGAGUUAUUUUAAGAAGAAUUUAGUUAUAGGGAAAACACAUCUUUAAAAGAUCAAAUAAAAUACUAUAUAAUUUAGACACUUAGUUAGAAUGAAUUAUUAAAAAAUAAAUAUUUAGAUUUAAUUUACAAAGUAAUAUUGAAUUAAAUAAAAACUGAUACUAGAAGAACAGAGUUAUUGGUAAAAAAUGAUUAAAAAUUACAAGAUGCUAUGAAAUGGUUAUUAUAAAAUACCAAAAGAAGCCAGUCUGUUUAAACUAUAGUAUAUAAUUGUGAUAUUUUAACAGAAAUGAUAGUAAAGAAACUAAAUAAUUCUACAAGAAUGAGUGAACUUCAUGAAAUAAUAACUAUGUAAAUGAAAGUUAUUUACACCUUACUUUAAUCUUUGUAAAUUGGGAAAAGUAAUUUAUAAAGUAGCAGAACAAUUUUGGUGAAAAAUGAGAAAUAGGAAAUUUUAAUGAAUGAAGCAAUUUAAGAUUUGAAAGAGUUAAAUAAAAAAAUAAGUAAUUUACCAGAAACUACUGAUGAUCUUGAUAGUUCAGAUGUAAAAGAAAGUAUUCGCUAAAUUUGUAAUAAAUUUAAUAUGAAUUGA